GUAUGCCGUACGGGAUUUAUACUACUACACACAAUUGAACGACUGAUACCGGCUAUUAAAUAUUUUAGGUUUUAUUUUAAUGUUCUGUUAUUGAAGUUCUGUAAUCAAUAAUAUUUGAAAGUUGAAACAUGAACAAAUACAUUAUCUAUUACCCAUAUUACCUAUUCGUGGUUUGAAUAUCCAUUAACAAUUUUAAUAUAUGAUUAAUGUAUUUUAUUAAGGUUUUAUAACUUGUAUGAAAUAAUUUAUGCUGUCCCAUCAUGACAGUGAAUUUAAAUGUGUCGCACAAAGUGUUUCAAGCAUUACUUAAUGUCGAUAUGCAAGAACUAUGCAAAUUAUCGGCAAAAGAUAUUCGUCCAAUAUUACCGUGUUUGGUCAGGAUGAGUUUAAUAUCAUCUGCGGAUAAUAUGGCAGACUAUGCUGAUGGGAAAAAAGACAUACUGACCUUGUUAUCUGGAAUAGAACUGGUCAAUUCAAUUGUGGCAUUAUUGUCAAUUGAUUUUCAUUCAUUAGAGAUAGAUGUUAAAAAAGAACAAUUAUUGAGGUAAAAGUAUACAAUUUUAAAUAAUAUAUUGUAUGUUGUAAUAUAUUAUGUAUAUUAUUUUUAGACAAAAACUAGGUAGUACUCAAGCUGACAGUGUUCUUAUACAUUCAUUACAAAACCCAUUAUCUCUAGAAUUUGAAAGAAGCGACUCUACUAGGCGGUUGAGACUUGUAUUAAGUGAAAUACUAUAUAUUUCUUCACAGGUGUUGUAGUAUAAAUAUUUACAAAUAUGGAAUAGGUAUGAUGGUUUGGUUUGUGUUUUUAGAUUCAAGAACACCGUGAAAAACAACAUGGUGUACAAACUUCAAUAAAUUCAGAAUUUUAUAUCAAACAAUCGGAUUUAUUUGAUUACCCAGUAUAUAUUCCAGAAGUUUGUGAUGUAUUAAAUAUUGCUCUUUCUGAAUUGCCAGCAAUACUAACCGUUCAAGAUAUUGCAGAAGUAUUGCUUCAUGUAAAACAUGGUCCAAUUUUUAUUUGUUGGGUUGUAGCUAAUUUUCCUGAUUGUUUUUAUGAUGGUCAGAAGUACAAUAUUUUUAUUUUUCUCGUAUAUAUAUAUGUUUGUGUUUAAUACAUUUUAUUUUACAAUAUUUUUAGUUUGUACUAGUUUAAUACAAAAUUCUGAACGAUAUGAAGAAGAAAACGGUGGUAGUCGCAUUCGGAUGUAUGUUUUGACACAAUUAUGUGCAAUGUAUCCACCUGCUGCUCUUGUAGUUCGUGCUAAAUGUGUAAGAAAAUAUUCAAUCAACUUAUUAACAAUUACGUAACUUUUAGUAAUAAAAUAUACUUAUAUAAUUAUUAUUAAAUAGGUAGAACUUAGUAAAAUGCCAGCACUGACUAUCAUGUUAACAUUAGAAAAUAAAAUAUCUGACUUUUCAUAUCUGAGUAAUGCUCAAAACUCAAGUAAUAAUGAUCUUGUAACAUUUGUUUCUGGUUUAUUACUUGGAAAUGAUCAACAAGCCAGAAGCUGGUUUUCUCUUUUCAUACGACAAAAGGUAUAUAUUAACCUAACCCUACAAAUAAAUAAUACCUAAUAUUUUAUUUUAUAAUAAAAAUUAUUUUAUUUAGAGACUUAAAGAUUCUGUAAAUAUAGCUGUUCAAAAUAUGCGUGAUGAAUUAUUAUUACAAUUACAAAACUUAUUGAAAAAUGUUAAAGACAAUACAUUACCUAAUUCAAGUGUUGUGCAAGCUAGUGUAUUACUCAGACUUUAUUGUGCAUUAAAAGGAAUUGCCGGUAUUAAGUAUGUAAAUUAUUAGUUUAUGUAAUAUAUUUUUAUAACUGAAUCAAUAGGUGUCCAAUGAGUAUCAGGUUGUGAGAGAACAAUUUACCUAUAACUAAUUGGAUGGUUUCUUUGGGUGGAAAUUUGGAGUUAAGUUUUGUAAGAGGACGUGUUAAAUAAGCUCAAUAUAUAGCAUUUUGUAAAAUAUUUUACACUAUUGUUAAUAGUAAUAUUAUUUGAUAGAUUCCAAGAAGAAGAAAUCACCUCUCUUGUAUGCUUAGCCACUUGUUAUCCACCAUCAACGCCAGAAGGUGUUAGGUUUGUGACAAUCUCAUUGUGUAUUAUGAUUUGUUGUAACACUCUACUUGUGAAUCCAGAAAAUGAAGCCAAAUGUGUGCAAUGGUUAAAGAGAUUAGCAGGAAGUGAAUCUCCUUUCUUUGGAAAGUAAUAUAAUAUUAUUUUCAUUUAUAUAUAACAAGUUUUCUAGAUUAAUAAAUAUGUAUUUUUUUUUUUUUUUGUAUGUGCACUUAGGCCAACUGAUACAACCGCUAGUUUUGGAGAAAUGUUACUCUUAAUGGCCAUACAUUUCCAUAGUAGUCAAUUAUCUUGGAUCUGUGAUCAUAUGUGUAAUACAUUAGGUAUGAGAAUAAACAUCAGACAGAACACAAUGGGUAAAAUGAAACAAAUUUUUACUCAAGAUGUAUUUCCAGAACAAGUAAACUAGUAAUGAAGAAAAUCUUUCAUAAUUUUUUACGUUAUCUGUUUUUAAUAUUAGGUUGUAGCUUCAAGAAGUGUUAACAUACCAGUUACACCAAAUUUAAAUGCCAACAUGUCUGGGUUUUUACCAAUUCAUUGUGUUUUGCAAUUACUAAAAAGUCAAGCUUUUACUAAACACAGAGUUAACAUUAAAACAUGGAUUUAUAAGUAUGUGUGCUGAAUAUAAAUGUAUUAUUUUGAAAUAAAAGUCAAUGAUAGAAUAAUUUAAAUUUACAGUCAAAUUUGUGCAAGUGUUUCUCCUUUACAUCCAUUAUUACCCUCUUUAAUUGAAGCCUAUGUUACUUCUAUAUUAGUAGUACCCAAUAAAACAUCACAAGAAUCAACUGUCAAUCAACCGAUUACAGAAGAAGAAAUUUUAAAGGUCUUUGGUGAUAAAGUUUUGGACCAAUCUGGAAAUGAAUCUUUUACUGCCCAUCUUCUAUUAUUGUAUUAUUUACUUUUAUAUGAAGAAACUAGUAUGUCUUUGGCUUCUCAACCUAACAAAUUACAGAUAGUUGGCCUAUUGAGGUACAAAACUGAAUUUUUAGCUGAUAUUCCCAUUAGAUACAUAAUUCAACAAGCUGAAAAAGAACACCCUUAUUCGAGUUUGUUUUCUACUUUAUUAAGACUUUUGGCCACACAUUUCCCGCAUUUAUCAUUAGUUGAAGAUUGGAUGGAAGAUACAACUUCAGAAAGUCAAUUUGUAUCACAGCAUAAAGCCAAAAACAUUACAGCAGAAAUCAUAGAAACAGGUAUAGUCAAAUUUUUUAUUUUUCAUGGUAAGUUUGUUAUCUUUAUUAAAUUAAUAAUUGUUUAGGCUUAAAUAUGAUGGUUGAAUAUCCUGAGAGAGCUGGCCUUGUGUUGAAAAGAUUAUGUGCCGAGCGUCCAAUAAAAAUUUGGCCACUUGCGCCUACUCUAUUAAAAUUCUUACCAAACACUUUAGAUUCUAAUGUUUCAAGAUAUAUUCAAGGUAAAAUAUUAUACAAUUUUAUAAAUAAUAAUGUUAAUGGUUUGUUUUUUUUAGAGCUUUAUAAAAAGGUAUGGUUAAGACUUAAUACAGUUUUGCCUCGUAGUUUAUGGGCCCUCACUAUUAAAGCCUUACAACAUUAUAAUGGAGCAAGUGCUUUGAAGGAAGAGAAUUUAAUGCAAGACCCUUUACAAGUAUUACAAUGUGAUUCCAGGGUUUACAGGUAAAAAAUAAAUUACAUUUUAUGUUUAACUGUGUUUAAUAUUAUUCUAUAUAUUUAUACUAACAUAAUUUAUUUAGGUGUCCAACAGUUUUGAGUAUUGUAAUUCGAGUAUUACAAUCUUCUUUAGCAGCAUCAAGAAGUCACUUGUCACGUUUAGUAAAUCAAAAAUUAGUUAUGUCUGGACAAUUAACUCAAACUAAUAAUCGAGAAGAAUAUAAAAAUGUGUUAACAGCUGCACAAGAUAGUGCUGCUGUACAACUUUUGUUAGAAGCUUGUCUGGAAACUGAAGAUGAUAGAGUAUGUUUAAUACAUACAUAUUUAUAAUAUACUUUAUUUAUUGUUAAGGUACUCAGAUAUAAUUUUGCAAAUAUUAUGAAAGCAAUUAUAAUUUUUAAAUAUAGUAUUUAUAUACACAGUUUUUAAAAUAUUUGGAACUAAUAAUAUUUAGUACCUAUUAGUACUUUACUAUUGCAUACAUAUAGUUUGAUAACUUUGAAUAAUAUUACAUUUCCAUUAUAUCUAACUGAAUGUAUCAGCUAUUCAUUUUUAAAUUAUGUGUGUGCUUUCUUCAGCUUAUGUAUUUCAGGUUUAUAUUUGAGAAUUCAUUUAAAUGUAUAUAGUAGAUAGUUAUGAAAAUACUGUUACUAUUUUUUAUGUAUAAAUACUGAAUUAAAAUAUAUUAUAUAUAUAGAUAGUUUUAGAUUAUUCUACUCUAAAUGUAUUAAUCAUUUUUUUUACAAUAUAGAAAUCAUUUUCUAAUAUGAUGACAUUAAGAGAAAUACGAGGUGUUGUCUGUUCCUUUUUACAUCAAAUGUUUAUUGCUGAUCCCCCACUUGCAAAAUUAGUACAUUUUCAGGUAGUUUUAAAAUGAUUAUUCAUAAAUAUUUUUAUCUUUAUAUAUGACAUUACUAAUUUAUAUAUACUUUUGUUCUCAGGGUUAUCCUAGAGAGUUAUUAUCGGUUACAUGUGUUGGAAUUCCAUCAAUGCACAUUUGCCUUGAUUUUAUUGCAGAACUUCUUAGUCAACCAGACUUCCAGAAACAAAUAUUUGCUAUCGAUCUUAUUUCAAAUAUUUCCCAACAAUAUCCAUUACCAAAAUCUUUGAGUUUGGCACGUUUAGCCAUUAACACAAUGUAUACUUUCUUGUCAGGUAAUAAAAAAAUAUAUUAAUAAUUCAGUGUUACUGAAAGUAUCACUUAAUACUCUGUAUAAACUUAUUUAGCUAUUUAUAUUAAUUAACCAAGUUCAGUUGACAAAAUAAUUAAGUGAAUAUAUUUGUUUAUAUUCUUGAGUAAUUAUUUAAAAAAAUAUAUUUUUUAUUGUAGUUUUAACACAAGAAGAUCGUCGUGAACUCUACAUGCCUACACUCCCAGCCUUGAUUCGGAUAUGUCAGGUAUUCCCUACUCUUAGUGAAGAUUGUAUAACAUUCUUAAAUCAGUUGGGUCGUAUGUGUGUAUCAGUUACUUCUGUAAGAUCAGACAUAUUUUUAUUACCAGCUGCUGCUCAAAAAAGUGAAGAAAUGGAGGGACCAAAAUUAAGAAUGCGACGGGUUCCUAAACCUGAUAUUUUUGAUGAACGUACAGAUAUUGCUGUUGCAAAUAAGUUAUUUGCUCAACAGGUUGAAUUAACUGUUAAAGAAAUAUUACAAAAUUGUUUGGAAAAUAAUGCAAGUGCUUGAAUAUUAUAGUAAGUUUAACUAUUUUUUUUAAAUUUGUUUGUAAUGAUUUAAAAAGUAAUUUAUACUAUAUUUUACUAUGAUUGAAUACACUAAAACUGUUAAGAAUACAUAACCAUUUGCCCAUAUAUCAUUCUUAAUUCUAAUACACAUUAUACAUUUUGUAUUAUUUUGUAUGUUUAAUAAUAAAUAACAAAGAACAUGUAUCUUAUAUAAAAUUUGUAUUCAUUAUUUUAAUUAAAUACUAUUUGUAUACCUCUAUCUGAUCAUAUUUUAAAUUAAGCCCCAAUGAAUAAUCAUUUGUUAUAAUUGUUAUAUUUAAUUUUCAAAACUUUUUUUUUUAAUAAUAAUAAUAAAAAGUUUAUUUUGUAACAUUAAACAUUUUACAUUCAAUAUAUAUUAAUAUACAACAUUACAGCACCUCCAAUAAGAAAAGCUUGUAUACAACUUAUUUUACAAAUUGUGUACUUACAUCAUUCAACAAAACUUGCCAAAAAAAAGAAAAAGAAAUAGAUUGUAUUUAACAAAAACAAUACACUUUUUAAACCAAUUAAUAAGUAAAAAUUAAUUACUAGAAAUACUUGACCUAUUCAACAUUAUAAUUUAUUUUAAAUAUAUUUUUUUAAAUUUUACAAUCUGUAUAUAAAUAAUUAUAAUUUAAUAGCAGAGCUACUUAUUUUAAUUUACAAUUGUAUUGUUUAUAAUAGGUUUAAAGCAACAUAAAAUUAUAUUAAUCAUUUGUAUAAUAAUAUUUUUUUUAUUUUUUUCAUAUGGCGUUUUUGUGAAAAAAAACAUACAUAAACUAUUUUGGGGGGGGGGUAGGGUGCUGUAUUUUCCCGUGGUCUCCCCUGUCUAAUAGUGUUGGUUAGUACUUAAAAAUCAUAGUGUUCAUGCCUCAAGAUAAUUUCAGAAUGUUAUCAACACGAAGCCAAACAGUACAAACUAGGCUGAAUGUCGAAAGACCUCUUGGUCUUUUUAGUGAAAACGGACCUUUCCGGGGCUACCCAUCAGACAGUCGUACUCAACACGUGACAUAGUUAUUCCCGAAAAUAAAAAAAAUAUGAAAAUUCAAAGAAAAGACAAACAAAUUUUGAUAAUCAAACACUAAAAUAGUAGUACCGCGAGAAAUCAUCAUAAAAGGAGAAGAUGCCCAGAGUUAUUUAGGAAUCAUGCUAGAUAGAACACUGACCUUAAAACAACACAUAGAGGGGGUAAAAAACAAGUUAAAAACUAGAAACAUUAUUAUCAGUAAGUUAGCCGGAACUAACUGGGAGUGUAGAACAAAUAUACUCAACACUUCUGCUUUAGAAUUAGUGUAUUACUAUACACUAUUAUAUAUAUAUAUAUAUAUAAUAUGGUGCGUAUCAAAUGUUGUAUCUUUCCUGAAAAGAAAUUGUUUAUAGUUGGUUUAUAAUGAUGUCAUUUUUUGAUUUUCCGUGGGGUUUUCAAAAUAAUUGGGUAAGACCUUAAAAAUUAUAGGUAAAACGGAGAAUAUUGAUAACACGCCAUGUCAUUACCAAUUUUCUCGUUUUUAAUUUUUGAAAUUUAUGUUUUCUACCAGAAAUAUUGCUCAAAUCGUAAAAUGACAAGAGUUUGAUUUUGUUUUUUUCAUUAUAUAACCAUUUGAUAUGAAAGUCGUUUUUUGAUAUCUAAAGUAUUUUCAUAAUAAUUGGGAAAAACUAAAAAAUACGAUUUUAUUAUUUAAAAUUAUUACAAUCAAUGUUUUCUUCCAUAAAUAUUGCUUAUAAUAGAAAAAUUACAGAGACCUUUUUUAAUAAUUUUUUUAUUUAUUGUUCAUGAGUAAAUAAUUCUUAUUUUAUAUUUUUCGAUAGUUAUUGUAAUAUAAUUGAGAAAAACCGGAUAAUGACAACUGAUACAUUUAAGGUAAUAUUUCAAUAUUUAAAAUAUUUACGCUUUCAGUUUUUUGUCAGUGAUAUUACUUUGAUAAAAAACAAUAAAAGGUCUUUUUUUUGGAAUUUUUAUCUAGUUGUCGAUCGAGAAAGUCGUUUUUUCAUUUUCUUUGUAGUUUUUUUUUUCAUUUGAGCAAAACCAAAAAAUACGUAGAAAGAACGGGAAAUUUUACGAAAAUAAUUUUUUAUAAUUUUAAAUUUUCUUUUUUAACGUAAUUUUUAUUUAGUAGGUAGGUACUCUGUGGAUAUAAUUAUUAGAAUAAACAAAAAUGCUUGAACAUUUUACAGGAGAUUCAUUAUAAGUCAUACUUAGUGAAAAGAACAAUUUAGAUGUAUUUUUUUUUUAUUUUUUAUAAGUUUUAAAAUAAUAAUUUAAUGAAAAUCGUAAAUAUUACGGCCUUUUAAAACAUGUAUAACCGAACUUUGAUCCAAAUCGUUUUUCGUUAGCAAUGGUUCAUCGUUGGUUACAGGUAGAGAGCCUAAUUAAGCCGAUAUAUUAAAUUCUCGAAUUGCCUCCCAAAUUCAGGUAGGUAACCAUUUUAAACAAAAUUCAGGAUAGGCAAUUGCGUCUAUCUAGUUACAGGUAUAAAUUAAAUAUUUCACUUUCACAAAUACAACAGUGGCCACCAUGGCGCCAUAUAAGUUACUACCAUAGAUAUAGUUGUAUAAUAUAUCUAUUGGUAAUACCAUAGACAUAUACCCAUAUCUCUAUGGGUAGUACCUAUAUUGUAUUAAAUUAUAUAUUAUAGUAAAUCUCUUGGAGAAAUUAAUAAUUGCUAAUUUUUCUUUCAUAUUCGGGGUAGUUUUUUCCUACUCAAUUAUCAAACUUGUAUUCUCUCUCAAUGCGUACCUAGUACAUUUACUUAAUAUGCCUAUACUUUAGAAAGAACUCGCAAUCAAAUUAGUUUAUUAACCUCACCAUGCAGCAGAUCAGGUUAAUAAUUGGGUGUAAUUGUAAAUGACAAUACCAGAAGGUUAAUUAUACUCUACACCCCAAGUCGACAACUUUUAUAAUCCACGAUUAGCGUAGCCAUGCUUACUAAAUUAUUUAUUGUAAUCAUAUUUUUAAUUCCACUGUAACACAAUGCUAUAUUAAUACUUGUAGUUGAUUUGUUAAUUAAAAAUUCUCAUACUAAGAAAAAAAUGCUAAAGAAUUGCAAAUUAACAAUGACGUAGAACAAGGGUUUUUAACCUUUUUUGAUGCCGGGCCAAAUGUGAGAUACUCUUUAACAUUGCAGCCCAUAUUUUCAGAGGAAUAGAGAGGAAGGUUAUGAAAUUGAAGGGUAGAUACAAAUAUAUAAGAUUUAUUUAGAUUUUGGAAAAAUGUAUGUUCAUUUUUUUAUUUGUAUAAUUCAAUAUUUGUUUUAUUGUAAUACAAGUAAGUUAUUUAAUGAGAUAUUUUAAAUUUCUUGUCUUUUAAAACUUGAUAGUUUGCAUCAAACUUUGUUGUCCCAAUCAACAGCGUCACUUGUAAAUGUUCGUCACUUAAGUUGGCUUUAUAUAAAGAUUGACGAAUUUAAUUUUUAAAACUUCUUUUCACUUAAGUAGGUGGAUCUAAAUAUUGGAAUCAUUUCACGUGCACAUUUUUGCAGAUUUGGAAAAGAUUCUCCUAAGGAAAAAUGAUGUAAAAUUGUUGGAGUCUAGUUUCCUUGAAAUAGUUUUUGAAAUGGUUAUGUUAGGUUAUUAUAGGUGAUAUAAGCUCGAUAACUUCAAGUUAAAGCUCCAUUGAUAAAGUUUUUAUUUCAUGGCAAAGUUUUCAAAAAUUCGAAUGAGGUCUUCUGCACUUUCGAAAUCUCUAAAGCGGAUCCGAAACUGCUCUAUCAAAUAGACGAGAACUUUGACAACAAAAUCAACAGGAAAUUCUUCAUAAUUUUCAAGUUUGAAUUUAUUGCAAGUUGGAAAAUGAACAAGAUUAGAUAGAUAAAGUGAUUUUUCGAUUAACAAUUGCCACAGUAAAAACGAUAACACAAUUGACGCGGGUUUUACUAUUUUUAGUUAUUAAAAACAGCUAACGAAAAACCAUUUAUUAAUUUUUCUUCUUUUUUAAAUAGGAAAUACUAUUGAUAAAUCCGUAAUAUUGCCAAAACAUCAGUAAACUUGGCGUGCCGGUUCAAAAAGUUUGACGAGCCAUUAGUUGGAGACCCCUUGAUGGAGUAAAACAAUUCAGUUGGAACUCUCUAGUAAUUAUUUAAUCCUUAGCUGCACUUAAAUAGUCGGGUGGCGAUCUUAUUGAC